AUGAAUGAUGAUGCAUAUAUUGAAAGAAUCUAUAAAUUUUUGUUGCCAGCAGAAAUUUGUUUCAUGUGCUGUGAUACAUUUGAAGGUGUUAUGAUUAGAGAUGAAUUAUUGUGCAGUCAGCCAUCGAAAGAUUGCAUUGUUAUCCAAAACGCAGUUCAGCGCAAAUUUGGGAGGAGUUUUGAAACGAUUAUAGCACUCAAAGACUUCGUAUCCUUGUCAUCGUACGAAGGAAAUUUGAGGUGUAAAUUCGUUAAGGAUGGCAAAUAUUUUUAUUCGUACGCUACACCUGUUCAGGUUAGAUAA